UUUGCAUUUUGUUUCCAUAUUUGUCUCUGUGGUCGCCCAGAUCGGCCCGCUCGGAUCCGCAUUUCUCCCUCCCCGUGUGAAGAUGGGGCUGUCUUUUACUAAGCUUUUCAGCCGGCUCUUUGCCAAGAAGGAGAUGCGUAUUCUCAUGGUUGGUCUUGACGCUGCGGGUAAGACCACUAUUUUGUAUAAGUUGAAGCUGGGAGAGAUUGUGACUACCAUCCCUACCAUUGGUUUUAACGUGGAGACUGUGGAAUAUAAGAAUAUCAGCUUCACUGUGUGGGAUGUCGGGGGUCAAGACAAGAUCCGGCCUCUCUGGAGACAUUACUUCCAGAACACCCAAGGCCUAAUCUUUGUGGUCGACAGCAAUGACCGUGAUCGUGUUGUUGAAGCAAGGGAUGAACUUCACAGGAUGCUGAAUGAGGAUGAGUUGAGAGAUGCCGUGCUUCUUGUGUUUGCAAACAAACAAGAUCUUCCUAAUGCCAUGAAUGCUGCUGAGAUUACAGACAAGCUCGGCCUGCACUCUCUUCGCCAGCGCCACUGGUACAUUCAGAGCACUUGUGCCACUUCUGGAGAAGGAUUGUAUGAGGGCUUGGAUUGGCUUUCAAACAACAUUGCAAACAAGGCAUAAUUUGUUGCAGGCGGAAUCUUCGGUCAUUUGAGGUGUUGUUAUCUUUGCUAAGUUCUAUUGUUGUUUCUUUUAUACAGAAUUCAGCAUCUCCAUUGCUGUCUAGAUCUUUCAGAACAUCUGGUUAUCUCUGUUUUAUGAUGUUGAUUUUUUAAUGUACAAGCAUGAUGAGGUUCCUUUCCCUAUUUCUUAUUAUUGAAAAUGUCCAUCUCUUGUGAGUA